UCCAAAAUAUUAAAUAUCCACAACGCGGAGUGGCAAAAUUAUUUUUGGACAGUAUCAAACGAGAUUAGUUUUAUGUACUAUAAGGGAAUAGAAUAAUGUUUUCAAUCGGUUAACCGAAUACAGCAAUUGACAAAUAACUAGGCCCUGCAGUGGUUCCCUCAUAGGCCAACGAUCUAGGGCUAAAGGUUCUAUUGUCCCAUUGAUUACGAUCGUAAGAGGUUUCCUGGACAAUUGUCUACGUAAUUAACUUAACCUACAAACCACCAUGUCUCCCACCGGUCACGCAGUAAUCCGGUCGUUGUGCCUUCAGAGGAAGUCACUGCCUUUAUGAAUGGACCUCACAGAUACACGAAGAAUAGGAAGAAAGCAUCUGAUCUCCCAAUGAAGGGGAUGGAAUAAAAGCCGAAAGGUUGACAGACAUCGUAGAGAGCUUCUCUGCCGUCCGGACGCAUUUGUCACCGAUUCAGUGUUAUACCGGCCACCAUCCGGGCUUAUGGGGCGUUGAGUAUUAACCGACGCAACGAAGGGUGCGAAAUUUCUGGUAUUAAAAUAAUACCUUUCAGUCCACCAAUGAAGAGUGAGUCCAAGGAAAUGAGAGGACUGAAAGUCGAGAGGACUCGAGUAGCGAUCGUAGGUGCAGGUAUUGCAGGUUUAGCUGCAGCUAAAACACUGGAGGAUCACCAGUUCUACGAGUACAUUAUGCUCGAAGCACAAGAUUACGUGGGAGGGAGGAUAAAAUCGAUUUGCUGGAAUGACGAUUGGAUAGAAGAAGGAGCGCAAUUUAUUCACGGGGGUGAAAGUGAGUUUGCUAAAUUUUGCGCGAAACACAAUUUAAUUUCCGAAGAAGAAUCGACAGAAGGAAAGGGAAUUUACGUACGUAAUGAUGGAAUGCAAUUGAGUUCACAAUUAAUUGAAGAAAUAAGUCACUCAAUCACCGAUAUUCUUGAGGAUUGUGAAAAAUAUACCCAUUACGAUGAAACCCGACAUGAAGAGAUACCGGAAAGCAUUGGGUCACAUCUAAAACUUGAAAUAGACCGACAUAUUUGGUGCAAGGGAGAUCUCAGCAAUAAAAAUUUGAAACAAAGUAUCGUAGACUGGAAUUAUAGAUUUUUCAUGAUUGAUAACGCGUGCUCGAAGCUGGAAGAAUUAUCUGCCAGAUAUUGGGGACAAUUUCGAACCCCAGGAGGCCCUGAACAUUUAGUUUUCAGACAGGGCUACAGUUCAGUUGUCGACCUGAUCUCCAAGGGAUUGAAAAAUGAAAAUUUGAGACUCAAUUCACCAGUCAAAAGAAUUAAAUGGGGGGAAACAUUAUCAACGGACUCAGCGCCGAUUGUUUUGACUCUAGAAGACAGAAAAGUUCUCGCAGAUUGUGUAAUAGUGACCUGUUCUCUUGGUUUCCUGAAGGAACAUCACGAAGAAAUUUUUGAACCGUCAUUACCCCCGAACUUGGUCCUUGCAAUCAAGUCAUUAGGUUUUGGAUUGAUAAACAAAGUGUUUUUAGAUUUCGGGGAGGCCUGGUGGACCCCAGGAAUUCAAGGGUUUCAAUUAAUUUGGCACGAGGACAACAAAGCUUCCGAGAUGGGUGCUGAAUUAGCUGCUUGGACUCGAGAUUUAACUGGUUUCGAUGUUCUUGAGAAUCACGAGGCCGUUUUGGUCGGUUGGGUGGGCGGGAGGGGCGCGGAGCUGAUCGAAAACCUGACUGAAGAAGAGGUCGGCAAUGAUUGCAUCGAUCUAUUGAAAGUUUUUCUCAAGAGAGAGACGUUACCAGCGCCGAAAAGGUGCAAAAGGUCUCAGUGGGGAAAGAAAAAAUGGGUGAGGGGAAGCUACAGUCAUAUAUCAACGACCUGCGAUGGGACUAGGAUAACUCCGAAGAAUUUAGCCAGUCCUGUGUGGAGAGAAAUUCGUCAGAAAGAUCAAGUGAAGCAUGUUCCUGCAGUAAUGUUCGCCGGAGAGGCAGCUCACGAGUGUUAUUACUCAACAACUCACGGUGCGUACGAUUCUGGAAGAUCCCAGGCUUUCAAAUUCCUGCGAUAUCACGUAUGGGAUUGAAAAUAAUUCAAGUGCUGAGGUUGGACUAUUUUCACCAUCAAAGUACUUAGUAAUGAACUAAUAUCUAUAAGUUGCCCUAGGCUGUCUUCAGUAGCUUCCUAAUUAAUAACAAAUUCAAUAAAUCAAUCACAUGAAAGAAUGAAAUCUAUUGCUGUUCAUUCUAAUCGAAUUUUAUGAUUAGACACGUAACUAUCCUCUCAUUAUGUACUGUCAAUGGCUAAUUGGCGGUUGACGCCAUUUGGCGUCUGCUUUGUGGAAUACAAUUUCACAAAUGAAUGAGCACGUGGCAAUGCCCAUACCCAGAAGGAAAAUCUUAAAAGGUCCCUCGAAGUGAGACAGAUUCAGGGGCUGCACGUCAUCAGUAGGUAGAGGCUUUGGAAUUACACUGUCUCUAUCCAUGGCUACCCAUUUGGCGAUCAAUCCGGUUUCCCUCAACCUCCUAAGACAAGCAUUGAAUUUUGGCAAAUAUGGAAACCCUUUUUUCACCAAAAUCGUACGCCAAUGUGUUCCAAUGAUAUCUCUCAAAGUGUGCCAAAUAAAUUUCGAAUCUACAGUCGCAGUGAUAAGUUGUCUAUUGCGUUUUCCAGUGGAAAGAACAGAUGUAUCGGGAAUGCAGGCGAUGUUUUCCCCGUUGAAUAACUGGCCGAGACAAAUUCUGUAAUCCCAAUCGAUAAUUAUACGCUCCGCUAUUUUGGACUUGAGUUUGUCGGAGGAAUUCUUCAAUGCAAGAUAUUGAUGAACAUCGGACAUUAUAGGAAUAUCGCUGGCCGCCAAUUCUUUCAAUGUUGUGAUCCCUUUGUAAAAUGGUGGAUCUGUCAUGUUCUGGACAAGGUGACCCUGUUCAAGCAGCGCAAAAAAGUAAGCACAUAGGAUCCAACUAACAGCAAAUAUUCUUUCAGGCAGCCUCGAACCCACUCCAUGAAAUUGCUGAUGGAUUAACAGCCGGAAAGUAUUAAUUAUGAGACCUUGGGUGCCCUUGGCGUACAUAUAUACUGCUGAGAUGAUUGAGAAUAAAACCAAUAGCAGAUAAACGUCAGUGUCGAUAUUGCGAAAUAGUCGCUUCAACCCUGGAAUCAUUUUCGGUCUGGGCAGUAGCACGCGAGAAAACGACAGGGCGUAAGGAUCCACAUAUUCCACAUGACCAUUGAUUACCUCACAGAGUUGAGAAUUGCCCAGCACUUCCGAACGAUUUUUUACCAAAUCGUGCAUAGGACCAAUUGCCACGCCAUCCGGGACUGAUUCUAUAUACGAACGGCUGAGAGUCACUGGUCGGCCCUUCAGAUCGAUAGUGAAGUUAAGCCACGAUGACAGAACUUGCAAAAUUGUAGCAUCACUGCUGGGCUCCAACUGGGAUAGUUUUUUCACGACAUCCGGUGAAAUUGUAUCGUACAUGGAUAUCCGGAUUGGAUAACCCCGAAGGUUUCUUAUCUUGUCCGGAUAGAGAGAUUCAAUAGCUAAUGGGCUGUACAGCCUUCCUCUCAUUGCAUGCUCGCCAAGCCAGAAUGGAUCGUAGCUGUAGACUGGCACAUUAUUUGAGGCGUUAUUCACAACGAGGAGAAUCACAUUGAGAGACUUGAAGGACCAAAAUUUUUUCAAAAUUUCCUGUAUGGCGUAAGGAUCGGGUGGCUUGGCGAUCCAUAUGGCGAUUUUGGAACUGGCAAUCGAGGUAGAGCUGGAAAGAGCCUCCCAUUCUCCUGGGUUGAUGUCCUCGAUUGUUGAGAAAAUCCCGACAAUGUUGAGGAGCUUUGGACAGAGCCCUGAGUCACUGAGACAGGGCUGAAUAGAGGUAAUUUCUGGUGCGAGAUAAAUAGGUUGCACUGAUAUAUAUUUUGAUACUACAACCUGGAGGAUUCCAGGGUUGACCUGGAAAUUAUGUCAAAUGGAAUUAUGUCUGGAUGAUCAAAGUUGCAGCGAAAAAUAUCGCCAACGUUUUCUAUGAAAUUUUCUAUCGUUUAGAACUUAGCUGCACUGAAAAAUACAUAUCAAAAAUAUUUGUUUCGCUUACGUCUGGGGGGGCCACCAUAUGAAUUGGUGCAGUCCUAUCUAUCUCUACUAUGUGACGUUGAAUGAUUUCCUCUAUUGCCAAAUUUGGAAUAUAAUGACUAAACUGAAGUGUCGCAGUAAUCGGUGGGAGGAUGAAAUGUAAGUUUAUCAGAACAUGCGAGAUGAAGAGUGACCGAAAAAGACCCAUUCUGGAUUAAUUCGUACAUGAAACUCAUGACCCACAAAUUUUUGUGCCCUACAUUAUAGUAGAUUAAUCAAUGCCCUCAGUAUGUCACUUGUCAGCUCUAUUGAUUCAAUGCUGUUAAUGGAACAUAAUCUUCUAAAAAGGCAGGCAAACAUUAUUUGCCUGAGCAAUAUAAAUGAUAGGUUCUCGCUGAUGAACAUCACGAAUAGACACGGGUUCCUAUAGUUCCUUUGGUCAGAAAUAGAGUCAAUAAAAGUUGACAAAUCAUCUAUGAGCCAUUGAGAAUAGAAUUCAAUUUCUUUUCCGAGUAUUUUAGAGGAAUCUUCGAUUUGUUUUCUAACCUCAAAUUCAUAGGACGAAUACAUAUCUCAUAUAUGCGUAAGAAAAGGAAAGGUUGAUCCACAUGAACGAUGAAAAACUGAAUUUUCAUUGGUAGAUGAUGUAAAGGCUUCUUCCAAGCGACAGAAUAUUUCGAUGGAGUCUGGCGUUAAUUGUUGGAGAAAUUAUGUCCUCUGAUGUAAUGUGCGAAAUGAGAGCAUAAUAAAAAACAAAAAUUACCGAUACAUUGAUUAAUUUAUUUCGGUGAUUUAAUUGACAUGAAGUAUCGGUUAACACCCUAUCGGUUCACAAAUUGGCGAAUUACAAUAACCGAUGAGAAAUUGGAUGUUCAUAGUGUAGACACAACGAAGUAGUAAAUAGGUUCAUAAAGUCCAUGAAUUUGUGAGCAAUGAAUUCGGUUUUGAGAAGUGCAUUAUCACCUGUCGAAGAAAUUCAUGUCUUGAAAAUUACCCAAUGCACAAUACCUCACACAAAAUAAAAAUUACACAAAAAUUUUUUAGUUGUUCAGAAGGUAAACGAAUUCACAAAUUAAUUUGAGUAGUGUUCUCAGUGUAAUGUUCAGAAUAGCUCACGUAAAAGCAUCACUAUGUUCAAAAUAAGUCGUUAUUUUUUCAGUCGAUUGCAUAAAUGAUGCUUUACUAUAAACUAGAACGAUGAAAUCCAACGAAUCGUUCAGAACCAUACGUACAAUUAGUCAAGAUACUAAAAAAAAAUACUCAUGGAAAUGUAAAAUACCACUACGAUUAAUAUGUUUGUUGUCAAAGGAAUGAAACUCUUGUUGAAGAAAUCUGAAAUAUAAA